UUCUCAGAUGCUCCGUGGUGUGGCGUGAAAAACACUCACGCAGGCUCCAAAUAUGUGAAAACUACAUUUCCCACAAAGAAGAAGUGGGAGGCGGGUCACUGUCUGAAGGACCGAAACGAGCCCUGUCACAUCAUACAAGUUUUAGAGGUGAUGGCGGCGGCGAGGGACGAGGACGCGCUGGAGCUCGCCAACACCGUCUACAACAACACCAUCAAAGUGUUCUUCAGCUGACCAUCAAAGCCUCAGGAGACUGAUCUGUGUGUGUGUGUGUGUGUGUGUGUGUGUGUGUGUG